AAUUAACGUAUCAAAGUGAGCCCGCAUUCAAACUCAUUUAAUAUUCACUCUGUGUAACUUGGUGGCAUCAUUUGCAAUGUGUGAGAAAAGAGUUUCAGAUUUGGUAGAACUUGUAGCAAGAAACGAAAAUUUUCUCGAAUAUAAAGUAGAAGUUCAUGGGAAAACAGGACGAGGUGAUGGGUACUUAGGAAAAGUUACUUUUGUUUCUGUCAUCGGUAAAACCAAAAACAAAGACACAAAAGAAUUAAAUUUAGUCAUUAAAACGUCUGCGCAAAAUGAGCUUCUUCGAAGUCAGCUACCAGUUAGAGAACUUUUUGAACUAGAAAUUUACAUCUACGAUAAAGUUGUACCAACUUUUAAAAACUUCGAGACAGAAAUGGGAUUCGAAAGCGAUGUUCUGAAGUCGCUGCCAACGUGUUACCUUACCCAAAACCUGGAAAAUGAUGAAGCCCUAAUUUUGGAAAAUUUAAAAUUGCAGGGAUUUGAUGUAGCUAACCGAAAAGUUCCACUGAGUUUUGAACACAUCAGACUGGUUUUGAAAAGUUACGGAAAGUGGCACGCUUUUUCACUAGCUUUGCGAUACAAACGACCUGAGACAUUUAAACAAUUAGUGAAAAACUUAGGCAAUAUGUGGUCUAGAUAUAUUUUAAAAACGAACCUCACACCUGUAUUUUUACAGUAUUACGAAGAAGUGAGAAAGUUUUGGGAAAAUAAUAAGGAUGUAGCAUCGGUUAAAUUUUCAGAACAUGAAGUCAAAUCUAUUUUAAUCUCAUUAGUGUCUGAAGAUUUGGAUCAGGCUGUAAUAAUUCAUGGGGACUGCUGGACUAACAAUUUUAUGUUUAAGGAAAAGGCUGGAAAACCAACACAAGUGUAUGUAAUCGACUGGCAGUUGUCUGGACUCGCUUCGCCGGUUUUGGAUUUAUCAUAUUUCAUUUAUACUUGUGUUGAUACAGAAAAAUAUAAAAAUGUGGAAGACUUGCUGAAAAUUUAUCACGACGCUGUUUGCGGAUAUUUACAUCAGCUGAACUGUGAUCCUGGAGAUAUUUUGCCUUUUAGCACAUUAGUAAAACACUGGAGGAAAUUUUCGUGUUAUGGAUUGCUUUUUGGUUCUUUUAUACUCAGAUUUUGUUUGUCCGAAAGUGAAGAAGUUCCCGAUUUUAUAGAAACAGCCGAGAAAGGCAAAAAUUUUUUGGAAAAUUUUGAAUUCAAUACUUCAAACCAAGAAGUAUACUACAAGCGAGUGAAAGAUAAUAUAUUACAUUACGCCAGAAACGUGGUUGAAUAAAAUUGUUCCAAUAUUAGUGAAAAUAAAUUAUAGUUCAAUUUUU